GUCAAGGCGAGGUAGUAGAUUGUAUUGUGUUUCUAUUAUUACUGUGUAUUUUUUAAUAAAGUACAGCUACAGAUCACUACUAGUAAUUAUGUUGUGUAUGUAUAUAGUAAUACUCACGAGAAUAUCUCAACGGACGUCUUUUCAAUAUUGAUUUUAUUGUUCAGUUGCAUUUUCACCAUUUGCCAAGCUCGUCGGCCAAACAUGAAAAUUAAUUGGAAGUGCCCUGACUGGAAGACUUAUACUCUUGAUCCUCCUCCUUUGAAAGAGCACGUUGAGAGAUUGGCCAAGCUAGGUUUGAAAGAUCCAUGGGCUCGUAAUUAUGCAUGGCAAUAUUUACCGAAAAUUUACAAACCACGUUCUCAACUGUACAGAGAAAUAUUUCUUUCAAGAUUACCUCAUGGUGUAGCUCUAGGAAUUGCAGCCUCGAUCUUAAUAAAUCAAUUUGACAAAUGGCGUAAAGGCGAAUUCAGUGUAGCAAAACAUUAACAAGUCAUCUUGUUUUGUUUCCCAUUCAUUGACUUUUUAAUUUUCGUUUAAAUUAGUGUUAGAAUUUUAAGUGUUAUGUUCAUUGUAAAAGAAAAAAAUAACGAAAUAAUUCGGAAUCUAAAAAUAUGUAAA